UGACUGUUUACCAUGGCCACCGUAGCGAAGAGUAUCCCCCGGCUCACGGGGAGAUCAUUCCUCAAAAGAACAUCGAACAUAAGCAUCCGGAUGAAUUCCUCAUCCGCAGCAGAAGCAGCAGCCAAAGCAACCUACAAAAUAGUCAGCAACCACCACGACUUCCCCGAGAUCGAGGCCAAGAGACCCCCCUUCGACCACUCCAACCCCCCCAUCAAGGUCACCCAGUCCCCGUACCCAGACUGGAACUACGGGCAAGGCGUACCCAACCACACCAGCACAGCCCACCACGAGAUCGACCCCUACGCCACCGACCGCCCCAUGAUCAACAACUACCGGUUACUCGUCUCAGGAAUCGCCCCCCGACCCAUCGGCUUCAUCAGCACCGUAUCCGGGGAUGGGAAAACCGAGAACCUCGCUCCGUUCAGCUACUUCCAGGUCGUCGACCACGACCCGCCUACCUUCAUUGUAGGGUUUUCGUCCCGCCCUGGUCCGGUCAAGGACACGUACCGGAAUCUGAAAGAGACGGGGGAGUGUGUGAUCAACACUGUCUCGGAGGGGAUGAUUGAGGCGGUGAAUGCCACGUCGAUUGAUGCGCCGUAUGGGGUGUCGGAGUGGGAGAUCUCGGGGCUGUGUAAGGCGCCGAGUUCGACGGUCAAGCCUGCCCGAGUGAAAGAGUCGGUUUUCUCGGUUGAGGGGAAGGUGGUGGAUAUUAAGGAUUUUGAGGGGCAUAGGCCUGGGAUGAGUGCUCCUGCGGUGGUUUUGAUUCAGGCUACGAGGUUCUGGGUGCAGGAGGGUGCAGCGGAUAAGGAUUUUAGUCAUAUUGAUUUGGAAAAGUUGAGGCCUGUUGCGCAGUUGGGCGGCGUGGCAUAUGGUCGGAUUACGGAGACGUUUGAGCGGCCAAGGAAGAGGUGGGAGGAUGAGGUGGAGAAGAGUGAGCUGCUAACGGGGUUGGAGAGGAGGAAUCAGGAGCAGUAG